AUGGCGGGGUGGAUCGCGCUCUCCGAGGUUGUGAGCAAAUUGGAGAACUCCAAUAACACCAUCGGCGAGUUGCGGGCCCAAGAAGAGUUUUUAAGCAACACUGCUUGUGUAAGUAGGUCGCCCGAGUUUUCCAAUGUGAAUACACGUCGCGGGGCGCAAAAUGCAUCCGUCGACAGUAUUGAGUCGGUGCCUGCGAUGACGAAGAAGGCUUCAUCAAGAUGGAAAGGUAGAAGAGGAAGCCCUCUCAACGCAACCUGUGUGGUGCUGUCCCGACCGGACCGAACCAUCUGCUGCGCCCCGACAUAUACCUACAUAACAACGACGCCGCUGUACGUGUCCCGGCUGCAUUACUCUACGAAAGAAGAGGAGAUCGUAGAGUAUCUGCGGAUCAAGACGAAGUUCUCCCUGAGAGUCGCACGGCUGGAAUCUCGCCAUAAUAUGAAUUUUAAUUCAUUUGUGCGUGCGUGCGCCCUGCAUCUGCUCGCCCUGCAGCCGGCCUCCCUGUCUCACUUGUCCGCUCGCCGUCAGACAGGGACGACCGCUCGCUGUAAUCGCAUCGCGGCCCUUCGACUGCCAGUGCUCGACCCGUUCAGAGGCGACAUGCCCGCUCCGGCAGGAGAACUAGUCAUGACGAAUAAACGGAAACGCGUAGCAGACGUCGAGCGGCGUGCGAAACGCCAGCGGCGGCGUCACCGCUCGCACAGCCAGCCGGCGAGCGACACCGACAACGCUGAGAAGAGGCAAGCGCUGAAAAGACUCUUUGGACGGAUUUGUUCAGUGGAAAUUGAUAACCAGCGGAAUGAUCCACCGGAGGAGGAGGAGGAAGAGGAACCGAUCUUCGGUGACGAGAACGAAGACCCGCUUUUGGAUUCAGUGCCAGUGGACAUGGAUCCCGAGCAGUUAGGCUUCCUGGUGUGCGCUCAGGAGACGCUGCGGUUCUUGCACGGACGCGGGAUCCCGCCGCAGCACCCGGUGUUCGCGCGGCUGCGCUCGCGCCUCCUCCGCGGCAUCGACGAAAUGGCCGCCGCUUGA